ACGACAGACGCAGUUAGAUUAGUUAACCUUUAUUUUUAACAAAACGUGAUAAUUAUUUGAUAAUAACUCUCCGGGAGAGUUAACCUAGAAGGAGACUAGUGUAGAGAAAAAUGAGGUUGUAAGAAUUAGGGUGGUGAGGUCAAAAUGCUAGCCAUGUCAACAAUUAUGAUGCCAGCAGCGACGAUGACUACAAUGACCAACGCCGGGCCCAUCCCGGUCGCAGCGGCCACCAAAUUGGAGCCCAAAUUGCUGCAGCUGCCGCAUGCGGCGCUGAUGCAGCAGCAACCACAACAACACCAUCAUCAACACCAGCAUGGGAAUAUUAAUAAGCUUGAGCACUACCACAUUUUCGUCGGAGACCUGAGUCCAGAGAUAGAGACGCAGAGCUUAAGGGACGCCUUCGCACCCUUUGGAGAAAUAUCGGACUGCAGAGUGGUGAGAGAUCCACAGACGCUGAAAUCUAAAGGAUAUGGAUUCGUUUCCUUUCUUAAAAAAUCCGAAGCGGAGUCGGCCAUAACAGCUAUGAAUGGCCAGUGGCUAGGUUCGCGAUCAAUCCGGACGAACUGGGCGACCAGAAAACCGCCAGCGCCAAAGAACGAAUUGAACUCGAAACCGCUAACAUUCGACGAGGUGUACAACCAGAGCUCUCCAACAAAUUGCACGGUCUAUUGCGGCGGUCUCACCACCGGGCUUUCGGAGGAACUGAUCCAGAAAACGUUCCAGCCCUUCGGCACCAUACAGGAGAUAAGAGUCUUCAAAGAUAAGGGAUACGCGUUUAUUAGAUUCUCGACGAAGGAGAGUGCGACCCAUGCUAUAGUGGCAGUUCAUAACACAGACAUCAAUGGACAGCCAGUUAAAUGCUCUUGGGGAAAGGAGUCUGGCGAUCCCAACAACGCACAGCCACAGGGCCAGCUGAGCGGUACAGCGUACAGUCCAUUCGGUGCAUACCCUGGGGGCGUGCCGUCGUACUGGUACAACACUUACCCGCAACAACUCGGGGGCUUCCUGCAAGGGAUGCAAGGCGUGCAGGGGUACUCUUAUGGACAGUUUGCGGGGUACCAGCAGCAGUACAUGGGUGUGCCUCCUUCUAGCAUGGGGGGCGUGCAGCUCCCCUGGGCACUAGGGGGCGGAGUCGGGGGAGUGGGUGGAGUGGCCGCCAUGUCUCAGCCGCCGCAGCUGCUGCACUAUCCCGUGCAGCACUUCCAAGUACAGCCGAUCGCUGAGGAGGAGUGGUUAGCCCCGAGUUUGUUGGUGUGAGGACACCGCGCGCCCCCGCCGCCUGACCCUUGUUGCUGCCAGCUCAAGGAGUGGCUCUAGCUCACUCCCUCACCUCACUUCUACUUCACUCCCAAAGCGGCACCACGUCGAUGAUAUUUGGCCAUCGCCCCGAUACUAGCGAUUUCAUUUCUUUCUUUCUUCAAGUUAUUUCCAGAAAGAGAUUUGCUUUACAUUUAAGGAAAGCUAAGGUGUCAACUUAAUCGGAGCUUUGUCCCUCUAAAGUGGAAACUAAAUUGAGACCUUACCGUCACGUCAAACGCUAUCUUAUUGCUAAGUACUACUUAAGUAGGUAUAUAUUUCUUACGAUUCAUUGUGCUUGUUGACGCUUUGGGAACGACUUACUAUUUGUUUGAAUCUAUAAAUUUCCAAAAGCCGGUUUUAUUUUGGGAAUUUAUAAACGCGUUCCGUUUAAGUUGAAGAAUGUAGUCCUGAAGCAGUGGGUUGCGGCGGAGGGCGGCUUCGCUUCGUCGAAUGAAUAUAUGAAUAAUGUGAGUCACUCGAGCAAAUUAUUUGUAUAACCGCUUAUGAUCGCAUGGAAAUGCAUUUAUGAUAAAAGAUGAAUACUUUUUAGAGAAUAUAUAGUUAUUUAAUGUAAGCGUAUUGUAAGGUAGGUUAACAGUACCACGCGGGCCAAAAUGGUUGCGACGAGAAAAUUUUGCUGGUUUAUAAUAAAGAUACCGAACCACCGUGCACAAGUAUAUUAAGAUUAGUGGAAAAUGUAGAUUUUUGGAAAAAUGUUUAAUAGAACUAGAUGGUACGCGAGAGUGAGAAAGUUUUUUAAGAUUUUAUAUCUGGUCGGAGAUAGGAAAGUAAUAUUAUUGAAUAGAAUCUAUACGACUGGACGCUAGUGUGGCCUCCUCUCUCCUCACCUCUGCUGACGAUCAGUUCACAAACAAACUAUAUCUGAACUUUGCAAAAGUACGUCGCUGUCAUUAGAUCAGAUUACAAAUAGCAGAUACUCCACAAAAGCGUCCAGUAAUAAUAAUAUAGAUUUUUCUCUGGACGUCAAUAUUGCCAAAUUCAUAACAAUUCAACUUAUAUAAUAAAAAAAGGUUGUGUAUUUAAUAUAAAGGACACAUGGAACUACAAACAUGACGAAAUAGAAAAAAAGUGUAGAGAAAAUAGAUUAUUUAUAAGAAAGAUAUAUAUUUAUUAUAGGAUAUAAGGUAUAUAAUCAUUUACUGUAGGUUGAGUGGUCGAUGGUAUUUCGACUUAAAACUUUUUGCUCUGUUUUUCAUGUAUGCGUCUUCGUUUAUUUCGCGAGGCUGGCGAAUGGCGGUAGAGUUGGAGAUCAAACCCAACAAUUCUCUUUUCUGUACACUAAAUGUUUCUUUGCUCAUAUUACCCCAUUUAAUGCAGAAUCUUUAUGAAAACGUAAAAAUACAGGAUUAUACAGACGAUAGCAAGAACAUGCUUCUUUUAUUCGCGUAAAUUCCUUCGUGAACCCAUCACGAACUCUUCCUGCGCAUGUAAAACUCUGCCGAUCAUACGCCAAGUCUAGCGUAGCGACAUCUACGUGAUAACAUCUUUUUUGAAACUUUUUAACGAGACACUCUCUGUCUACGAUAUUUUGUAAAAAAAAAUGUAUUUUAUAUAUUAUAUUGUCGGUGUUGAUUUAUGUAGAUUUGUUUCUAUUGAUGUUAAUUUUUAUCAACGUGCAAAUAAUUUGCAAUUAUAGCAAAUUGACUUACGACAAGUACCGCGAUAAGACAAUUGACUCGCUCCACUACAAUGAUAAUGACAAUGACAACCAAUGCUCUCAGAUAAAGUCUGGACUAGCCCAGAUAAACGUGAUUUCCAAUAAUUGUAAAUUAAUGUACGUGGAACCUUACGCAUGUAGUCGAAUCUUGUGAGACAUAUCGCUAGAGAUUUAUAUUAAGAUUAUUAACAUAAGUACGUGAGUUAAGUAACGAAUCGUUAAGUCAAUUUCAUCGUCAAUCUAUGACGUGGCAUUAUUUUGACGUGAAACGGAGCAUUAUGAUGACGAUUUUAUGUCACCAAACGGGUCUUUGGGAGUUGCUUAAAAUACUGCUUUCUUUAAAAGAUAGCAUCAGGUCUACACAUGUCUACAAAAGAGUGUGCUGUAGAUUGAUUGGCAGCAAUUUGAAGCAGGUCCUAAUGUGACCGGGGUGUAUUGAUGAUGAAAGGAUAUCCGUCGUGGUUGCUCCUCAAUCGCGUCAAGGCAGUUAUAUAAAGCAGAUAUAUCAGUUAGAUAGACAAAUUUAGCUAUAACUACAUAUACAAUUAGCGUACAUUUGCCUAUAAUCGCUUUCCGGUAGCAUAGAGUUGUAUAUCCGUAUGUAAGCUAGACUAGUGCUGAGUCGUGGCUUUGUCCACUGACGUUGCCUUUCUUACGCUGUCUCUUCCCUCGAGGUACGAUAAAUAAGGCUUACUUUACGGUAGUUAAGAAUCGAAGUAUAUAACGUGUUAGAUAGGUAAAUUUCAAUAUAAAGUAUAUAUAUACAAAUAUGGAUUUUAUCGUCUAGAUAGGCUAUGAAAUUUGUGUGUUUGUUUACGUUGCUUUAUUGUGUUGGUCCAGUGUUAAGAUAAUUUUAAGUCCCAAAGAACACCAAAUAUAUUGUAAUCCUUGUAAUAUAAUGUAGACUGGCGAUAGUACUUAAUGUCUUACGCACUCUCCUUUGGGUUCUGUUGGAAAUUAUACAUUCAUACAAUUGACUUGUUCUUCGAGGAUGAAAAAGCUUUCUCUUUAUUCUAUAAAUCAAUGCCCGAGUUCUGGGGAUGGUCACAAUGCAUUUAUCGAAAAACGCAGUUGUAAUUAUCGGUGAGAAUUUUAAGACGCCUUUUAAUAAAAUCAUUUUUAGUUCACACUUCACUAGUUCAAAA